AUGGAAAACGCAAAUUUGUGGACUCGACGUUCCAAUGCUGGAAAGCUUUCACUGUCUAUGAAAGAUCAAGACAGCAAGGAUGGCAACAAAGUAGAAUCCCCUCGAUCGUUCACGGGCAGACGUUUUGGCGACUCAUCUUCUCACGGCAAAACCAACCCCUUCAACGCCCUCUCUCCUUCUGCCACUAAAUCUCCCUCUGCUAGCGCAUCAUCGGCUUUUGGUUUGGGUAGUGGUGCAUUUGCUUCCUUUGGUUCGGCGUCUGCAAAGACACCAAAAACUCCUGGCACUGGGUCGGGCUUUGAUUUCACAUCGCGCGAGAAGAGAGAGAGGGAGCCGGAAACACCAGCGGAAAAAUCAGAAGCUAGGGAGAGUUCGGAUCUAGUAAGACCGGCGACGGCACCAUCUGGCCAUCAACUGAGAAACACCUGGAACCUUUUCUACCGACCUCCGGCGAAUAAGUUUUCGGAUUAUGAAAAAUCUACUCUCAAGCUGGCCUCGAUAAAUUCAGUGGAGAGCUUCUGGUCGAUAUAUUCACAUCUCAAGCGACCGUCGCUUUUGCCCACGGUGUCUGACUAUCAUAUUUUCAAGGAUGGUAUUCGACCUGUGUGGGAGGAUGAAGCCAACAAGAAGGGAGGCAAAUGGAUCGUCAGAUUGAAAAAAGGCGUGUCUGAUCGUUAUUGGGAAGAUCUACUCUUGGCCAUCAUUGGCGACCAGUUUAUGGAGGCCGGAGAAGAGGUAUGUGGUGCAGUGCUCAGCGUGAGGAGUGGUGAGGAUGUCCUUAGUGUCUGGACGAAGAUCGAUGGCGGCAGAAACAUCAAGAUUCGUGAGACCAUCAAGCGAAUACUCGUCCUCCCAACAGACACCAACAUUGUUUGGAAAAGCCACGAUGAUAGCAUCGCCCAGCGGUCUGCACUGGAUGAGGCUAGACAGCAGAAGGUGAACACCACACCCAGCCACCCUGGAACCGAGCGACGGCGAACAACUUUACACGAGGAUCCUGAGAAGAGUAAGGGAAAGGCUACAUCAUGA